AAAUUGGCCAAACCUUAGACGAAAAAGAGGGCAUUUUUUUUCGAGGAGCUGUGCGUUUAUCGAUCCAGCCGCAAGAACCAUGCGAUGCCGGCUGUCGUUCCCCAGUCCCGCGCUCCAUUCAGAAGGACGGAAAAGAGUGGGCAUCAGGAUGGCUUGCUAAAUCUUUGAGCCAAAACUGACUACUCCGGUAUCCGUGGACCGUACAUACACCCCUAGGCUAAAGAAGAGCACAUUGUCACACCCUCGAGACCGAAGCCUAAGGUAGGUAAUAAGACUGACAUCAGCGUACUAAACGCAUUGCAGAUCCCAGAAGCCCAUUGCAGCAAAGUCAGAAGUUUGUCUGACUGUCUAGCCUAGCUCAGUGCUCAACCUUGAGGCUUGAUCUCGUACAGUGACGUGUUCCCCCACACAAGCCACCUGCUGUUGUGCUUCCCCAGUCAGCCUAGUCGCGCCACGGCACGAUUCCACCAGCUUAGCGGUGCAGAAAUGGCUCGGAAUGAGCGCUGCAAUUCUCAAGGCUGCUUCGCGACGACACCGGACAGGAAGUACUACCGCCGCGGCAAUGCCUUCAUUAAGCGCUGCCUGCGGCCGCGCGAGUUCCUGCCCGGCCCCCAAGGGAUCCACAUACCGCGGUUCCGCAAGGAGUCGCUCAAGAACGAGGCCGACACGCUGCGCUUCAUCCGCCGGUACACCGAGAUCCCCGUGCCCAUGCUGUUCGCCGACUUCGAGGACGACGACGCCUACUACCUCAUCACCGAGUACGUCGAGGGCGUCAACAUGGCCGACCUGCCCGAGCACCAGAAGGACGUGGUCAUCGCCGAGCUCGAGGGCCAUCUCGCCAAGCUGAAGGAGCUCCGGUCACAUCGCAUGGGCGGGCCCUCGGGCAUCGUCAUCCCCCCGUACCGCGUGCUGUGCGAGACCGAGAGGGAGGACUGGUCCCAGCUGCGGCCCGCCGAGAGCAGGGUCUAUGUCUUCUGCCACAACGACUGCUCGCAGCACAACAUCAUUGUCAACCCGACCACGCUCAAGAUCGCCGCAAUCGUCGACUGGGAGUAUGCCGGCUUCUACCCGCCCUACUUUGAGUUCCCCUUCUACAAGCGCAACGGGCCCUCGGUGGCCCUGGGAGAGGAGGAAGACGAUACCUUUGAACUGCUCAACUUCCUGAAUUCGCAGCUGGUUGACAUGACUACGUCCAGAACCAGACCAUAA